AUGGAGACAGCAGUCCUCACAGCCGUGCUGGAUGCCGUGGUGCUGGUUGGAUGGCAGUGCCGCGGCGCCGUGCAACGGCUGCUCCGCCUGGCCCUCUUCAAGAGCUACCGCAACCCGGCCGUGGCUACUGACGACCUCACCAAGCACACCAAAAUCAACGUGUGGGACAUAGCCGGCUUUGGGCGCGUCGUGUUCACAAGCAGCCCUCAAGUGGCGAACCGUGUGUUUCACCGUCCAAGCCUCAAGUUUGUGAACAGGCUGGGUAGCGACUGGGGCCUGAAGCAGCUGGGGAUGUAUCGCCAGGGUAUCAUUUGGAACAAUGACGUGGAGAGCUGGGUGAAGGGCCGAAAGUGGUUUGAGGCAGCUGUCAAGGCACCGAAAAGCAAGGGUCUGGCGGACCGCAUCACCGACAUCUCUUUCCAGGCUUUCCAGGUAACUGGGAUGCUUGCUGCCACCUCAAACACACCCCCUGGCCCAUCUGCUGCACGUUCGCUGCUGAUUGCCUGGUGCGUGCAACGGCUGUACAACAUGCAGGCCACCGCCCAGCAAUUUGUCAGUUUCGGAGGGCUGGCUGCCGCUGGCAAGUCCACUUUCAGCACCGCCACCAUCAGCGACGCCACCGACUUCAUGAGGUGCUGCACCUUCCGCGUCAUCUGCGCCCUGGCCUUUGGCAUCACGGUGGAGCGCCUGGACGACCGCCUGACGCUGGACUGCGUGCACAAGGUGACCGCCUACUUUGAGGCCUGGAACUUCUUUCUGCUUCGCCCCUACUGGCUCCACCUGCUGCUGCUGCCCUUCUGCUGGCGCCAGCACCGCCGCCACCUGCAGUCGGUGUCAGCUUUGCAGCAGGCCACGAAGCACCUGAUGCAUCUGGGCAGCAGCACCGCUGGCAAUGGUGCUGCGGCUGACGCAGCCGCUCCCGGUGCCAAAGGCCUACACCUGUUUCUGCAUGAUGUGCUGCGUGCGGAGGCAAGGGGAGACAUCAGCCACAGCCAGGCAGUGCAGUGCUGCCUGGAGAUGCUGCUGGCGGGCACCGACACCUCCUCCGUGACGCUGGGCUACCUGCUGCUGGCGCUGCGGGACCAGCCGCUGCUGGAGGCGGUGCUGCGCGCGGAGGUGCUUCAGGCGCUGAGGGCAGGCAGCGCUGGCAGCGCCAGCGGUGGCUGCAGCAAGGGCAGCCUGCGCUGUCUGGGCUCCGCCAACCUGCCCAAGAUGAAGGCAGCGCUGUAUGAAGCCAUGCGCUUCAAGCCAGUUGGCCCUGUGUCCAUCCGACAGGCGGCGCGCGGCUGCCCCGCCGGCGGGUUCCUGCUGCCAGGCAGCGACAGCACCGGCAGCGUGCGGCUGCAGGCAGGCGACACGGUGAUCGUCAACCUGGCAGGCAUCCACCGCUGCCCCGCCAUCUUUCCCAACCCCUCCCAGUUUGACCUCGCCAACUUCUGGCCCAGCACCGCCGCCCAGCUGGGUGCCAACUUCUUUCCAUUUGGCGGCGGCCCCAAGGGCUGCCUGGGCAGCGACCUGGCUAUGCUGGAGAUGCAGGUGCUGACCGCCUGCUUCCUGCUAGCCUUCCAGCUCCAGAGCGCAGGCCCCGGCAGCGGCACCGCCGCCAGCGCACCUUCACUGGAUGCCCUGCAAAGCGAGUGGCAGGUGGCCAACCAGCCCACGGAGCGGGUGCCGCUGCGGGUGCGCCUGGCCCCUUCGGCGUCCGCGGUUCUGCCGGCGCUGGGCGGUGGCGACAUGGGCGCCGCAGAAGUGUCCAUUCUGCAGCACGCGGCAGGUUCCAAUGGAGGACUGCCCAGCUUCAGGCGCAUCUACCUGGUGAUGCGGGACUGCCACAUCAGCCGCCACGACCUGCGGGACCCCGCCACCUACCUGCGCCUGCAGCGCCUGAUCGUGGAGCGGCAGGCGGCCGUGGAGGCGCGGCUGGGCCAGCAGCCCUUCAUCUCCGACAGGAGCGGCGCCAUCGACCCUCUGGCAUACACCGCCUGGAAGUAUGGCGUCCACUCAGCGCAGGUGCGCGGCCUGCUGGAGCUGCCGCCAUUCCAGGUGCUGCUGGCCGCCGCCUGCGCGCCCGACACCCUGGUACUGCUGGUACCGCCCUUUGCGCCGCCCGGCCAGCCGGCCCCCGACGACGGCACGCGGCUGCUGUGCAGCGACAGAGGGCUGGAGGACGCGUUCAGCGCUGUGCUGAAGUUCUUCAAGCAUGAGGUGCUGAAGGCGCGCUCUGUGGAGGACAGGGUGGCAGAAGUGCACCAGAUGGUGCGCCACAGGGCGACUGGCAUGGCCGCGCCCCCGGCAGGCCCCGACUGA